AUGACUGCAUAUCCUAAUCCUCGAUCAAAGUGGGACGUACACAACCCAAAUUCUCGGGCUGGACAGGUGUUUGUUACCAGUUUCAGAAAGAUCUACAACCCCGUUGGAUUUCGCAAGGGCUACAACUUUCCAUUGUUCCUUAUCGGUGUGGGAGGAUUGAUGGGCUUUGUGCUCAGUCGAAUGAUGUACCUCAACUGGGCCACUUUCUCUGCUGUAAGCACUCUCCCAUCUGGUGUCAGCACCAUAACGGCAGCAUCAUGUCUCUACUCGUUGCAAGAAGACAUACUCUUUACUGUUAGCUUUCCUGUUGGUGCGUGUACUGACUUGGACCAGGAAGCGAUUCCAGGGGAAUUCUACUACUACCGAGCUGGCCGUCACAAGAUCGGUAUCCUUCUCCAUCUUGCAGGAAUUCUCCCCGGUGGGUUCCUUGCCUGUCUGCAAUUUAUACCCGUCAUCCGACACAAAGCAGUCCUGUUCCACCGUAUCAACGGGUACGCCACGAUACUCCUUCUCCUUAUCGCCAACGCAGGUGCCUUCAUGAUUGCAGACCACUCCCUUGGUGGCUCUCCAGACAUGCAGGUCUGGGUUGGCCUCCUUGGUACUAUGAUUACUAUAGGCGUCGUACUGGCGUAUGUCAACAUCAAGAGACUACAAAUCGACCAACACAGAGCUUGGAUGUUAAGAGUCUGGACCUGGGCUGCAGCAAUCAUCACCCUCAGACUGAUAAUGAUGGCUGGCCAGUAUGUGGUCGUCAAGUAUGGUUACGUAUAUCAUAUCAGCAUCAGAUGUUCCGAAGUUUUCUACAUGUACGCCCAUUACGGCGUUCCCGACGAAGGCAAUCCAACAGCGAUGCUAUACCCAUCCUGCCUCAACCCCCUCGACCUCACCACCGGCGUCCCCAAUCCAGAAAUCACCAUCAACCCCGCCACCAACACCGGCACAUUCGUCAGCGUCAGCACCAUUGGCGAAGGCCCGGAGAACUCAGCCGCCCUGCUCCGCCACCUGUUCAUCAUGGCCGCCUGGCUGGCAACACUCAUCCAUGCCAUCGUUAUCGAGGUCUACCUCUGGCUCACGCCGGCAGAACACUACCGCCUCCGUAAUGUGAGUUACCAGCGCCAAGUCGAGGCAGGAAUGAGACCUAAGGGCCGUUUGAGGGAUGCUGGAUUGACGGGGGCGACUAUUGGCGAUGCGCCGGAGUGGUGGUCUGUUCCUAGGGAGGACUUUGAAGAGGCGCAGAGUAUGGAUAUGCAGACGAAUAUUAAGAGGGUGGUGAGUGAGGGACGCGCUGAGGUGGGGAGUGAUGCCAGUGUGUCUAACUAG